UCGCGAUCGUUACCAAAACCCUCGAUCAUGGUGGUUUUCUCGCUAUCGAUGCGCUAGGGUUCGUCCAUAAGCGGUCGAGAGCUCUGUCGAUCGAUUUAUAUCGAUGUCGCCUGUGAGGGAUUGGAGAUGAGUGAGGUGGUGAUCGAUGAUGGAGGUCUGUCGGAUUGUUCGAUUCCUCCUCCUCCUCCUUCUCCUCCGAUUAGGGUUUUGAAGAGUGAUCGGAGAAGGAUGGACUUUGUGGCGGAUUCAGAUGCGUCAACGGAUGAAGAGGAUCACGAAGCUGCUCGUGAAAUGAUGCCUGAGGUGCUUGAUGAUAUAAACAUUUUGGAAAUUGGUGAUUCCAAUGAAACCCAAGAAAAUGUUGUGGCUACAAAACCUGCCGAUGAAGUAAUUAGAAUGGACACACAGCCAAAUAUUUUGAGUAAUCCAACUCCUCACACUAUAUUAGAUAGAUUCAGUUGUGAUUGUGAAGUCAAUAUGUCCCUUAAAUGGUCUGAGGAUAACUCUAUCCAUGAAAGCAUUAGCAGAACAGAUUACGGAGGAUUAAACUAUCUGGGGUCUCAAGAUCCUGGCGAGUUAUCCCAGGUAAAUGCAAUGCAUGUUGUGGAUAAGUUAGUAUUCGAUGAUGAUAUAGGUUUAUCUCAAGAGACUAGUACUGUUAAGGCCACAGAAAUGAAAUCAGCUCCAAGUUUAAGUGCACAAGUUGCUCAAUGUUUGGUUAAUAGGGAGAAUCCCAAUUAUUCGGUUGGAAAGGCGAGAAUUUUUGAGUGGGUUGAUAGUCCUGAGGAUGAAGCAGGAGGUGGUUUUUUCAGCAAAAGAAAACCAUUUGUCUCUAAGAACAGGAUAAAUGCUCUGGAAUCAAAAAACCAACUCCCAAAGCAUGAGCAAAUUGAUACUUGUGAAGACAGGGAGACUAAAAACCUUGAAACCUAUCGAAGAAGAAAUACUUUAACUGACUCGAAUUCAAUGCCACUCCCACAUGGCUUAGAGAGAAGUGAAAGGCCAUACAUUUCUGCAGCAAAAUUGAAGGAACAAUCUGACUAUAUGGAUACUAACUCUAGCUUGGGAUUUAUAGAGCAGCAAAUUGAGGCAACUGAUGUUUUAGGAGGCAAUUAUGACACAUUUGAUAUUGGCCCUAAUACCCAAAUGGCUGCUGAAGCAAUGGAGGUUUUGUUUCAUGGGCCUCCUCUAAACCAAGAGUCAAUAGAGGAUUCAAGUCUGCUAAAUCAAAUUCCAAGUACAAGUCCUACCAAAGGUAGUAGGAGGGAAAAAGCUACUCCAGUAAAAACGUCACUUCCAAAACGUUCAAAAAGAUCUAAGGAAGUCGAUAUGAACGAUGUCAAUAAUCCUCAGAUGCUACAUGAAUGGUGCAAAAGUGAAAAGGAACUUGCUCAGGUUGUUUCUGCAGAAGAUUCUUUCAGACACCCUAAAAGGAGGAGAACACAUGUAUUUCCAUUAGGCAACUCAAAUUUUGGCAACAGCAUUAGAAGAAGACUUCCUGAUAUCUUAGAUAAAGCGAAAAGGGAAACAAGAUCUACAAAGCUGAGGAUCUCUCCAUCCAAUCUAGAUGAUGCUUUUGAUAACAGUUUGGGAAUUGUUCCUUAUGACCCAGCACUUCUCAAAGAUGUCAAGGAGCCAAAUUCUGAUGAAAGUAAACAGAACAUUUCAACACGCAGAGCACCAGUGACAGCAUCAUAUAAGAAAGGCUUUUCCAAAGUAUCAGCUUCCAGAGAACAUAUUAGGCUAGAAAAAAAUGAAAGAUCUUCAGACAGAAUGUUUACAAGGCGGAAAAAGAAAGAUAUGGCCAGUGUUUGUGUUCUUUUCAGCCAACAUUUGAACCAGGACAAAAUAAAGCAGCAGAAGAAGAUUCUGGCACGCUUUGGAGCUCUGACUGCAUCAUCUAUAAUAGAAGCCACACACUUCAUUGCAGAUAAGUUUGCACGUACAAAGAAUAUGUUAGAAGCAAUAGCUAUGGGUAAACCGGUGGUAACUAGUAUGUGGCUCGAAAGCUGUGGACAAGCUUCUUGUUUUGUUGACGAAAAGCGAUACGUACUAAGAGAUCUAAAGAAGGAAAAGGAAAUUGGCUUCAACAUGCUUGUUUCACUAACUCGUGCAAGCCAAUAUCCUCUUUUGCAGGCCAAAAGGGUAUUGAUCACUCCGAAUGUUAAACCUGAUCAAGAGCUUGUUAUUAGUCUUGUUAAGGCGGCUUGUGGCUGGCCACUGGAUAGAAUGGGGAGAUCUGCAAUGAAGGAUCAAAAAGUAUCAGAAGAUUUUUUCAUCAUUUCAUGUGAAGAAGAUUAUAAAAUAUGCUUACCUCUUGUCAAGAAAGGCGUGAAAGCAUUUAGCUCGGAACUUCUACUGAAUGGUAUUGUUAUUCAGAAGUUGGAGUUUGAGAGAUAUCGUCUUUUUCUGGAUCAGAUGAGCAGAUAUACUCAGUAGGAAACAGUUACAGUGCAGGAGGAUUAGAGAGCUCUUUUACAAUUGAAGUGCACAUAGCUUGUUUCAUACCACAUUUUGGGUGCAAGUGGAUAGUAAACGAACUUGGUCGGUCGUUCAGAUAUUUUUGAGCUGCUGAAUAUAGAAGUUAUAGUACACAUCAGAAGUAAGAAGCGGAUUUUAAAGCUUUUGCUUAUUUUGUGCAGCUGAAUAUAAUGGGUGUCAAUGUGUGAAGCUUUUAAUCGAAGCUUGCAAAAUUGGAUUCGUUGCAAACCUUACUCAAAAUUUGAUGAGAAACA